UUGGAAACUACGUCCUUUCACCCCAUUUCACAUGGGUGUGAUUUAGUGGGCAAGUUCAAAACAUCCGUGAAGAGGUUCGUCCAAGAGGUAGAAAUAGGUAAUGCGAAGUGCUCCUAGGCCACCCAACAUGUUCUCUUACAUUCUCCCCAUUCUCACCGCAGACAACACGCGGGAGGGCGCCGUCCAGACAAACGAGCGCCUACGGCUCGUGACAGGCAAGGUAUCUGUCUCCUACAACACGGUGAAAGGAGCCCUUACAAGUCUUCAUGAGCGUUACGAGUCCUCCAAGGCCGAACGGAACGUCUUCCGGAGGUACGCCCUUCUCAAGGGCAUCGUCAAAGAGGUUAUCCAGCUAGAUGCCCAGUACUGGCUGUUGCUCGACGUGCCCAAGCAAGACAAGCAAGAACAGGUGAAUGCUUAUGUCCUACGCGCCUGCGCAGUUCUAGAGAAAGCUUCAGACACGCGGCCUCAAGGGGAAGCGUCCAAAAGUCAAGCUGCUCAACAAGCUGAAGAAGAGGCUCGUGAAAAAGAAAGAAAAGCCAGGCUAGAAGCAUCAACAGUUCAACAAAUUGAGGAAGAGAACACGUUGCUCAUCAACGACCUGUACCGACUCCUCAAGAAGUACGCCAAUCUCAAACAAGUGGUGCACACUCUGCACCUCUCGUACCGGGGAGCGCGGAUGUACCCCAUUUUUCCGAGGUACAACAUGCUGAAAGACAUGAUCAAGGACGUCCUCAGGGACCCCUCUUACAUGGAAGUGUGCCACGAAGAGAGCUAA